UUGCUGGGUAACUGUAACAGCUCUUACAGCAUUUGGCAUUAGGUUCUCCUUGACUUUUUGGCUGUUGUGCACAAGAGCACUGGACUCCUGCAUGGUAUAGCUGGUAAUUGUCACCUUUUUUGUUUGUGCUGCUGACCUGAAGCAUGAUUGUGCCUGCCGAGUGUAUGCAUGGAUUGAGCUCAGGUAUCUGUGAGAUAAAUGGCUCAUUUAAAUUGGGAGCUACUAAAAUACUCUCUGGCUGGCAAAUGCAGUGCCUAGCAGCAGUCAUCAAGGACGAACCAAACAUGAGUGGAGGAGGGGAGCAGGUCGACAUCCUUCCGGCCAAUUAUGUGGUCAAAGAUCGCUGGAAAGUGUUGAAGAAAAUCGGUGGUGGAGGCUUUGGGGAGAUUUAUGAGGCAAUGGAUCUGCUUACCCGGGAGAAUGUGGCGCUGAAGGUCGAGUCAGCUCAGCAACCCAAGCAAGUUCUCAAGAUGGAAGUGGCUGUGCUGAAGAAGCUGCAAGGGAAGGAUCAUGUUUGCAGAUUUAUUGGCUGUGGAAGAAAUGAAAAAUUUAAUUAUGUGGUCAUGCAACUUCAGGGCCGAAAUCUUGCAGAUCUCAGAAGAAGUCAGCCUCGAGGGACCUUUACACUGAGCACAACGCUACGAUUAGGCAAACAGAUUCUGGAGUCAAUAGAAGCCAUUCACUCUGUGGGAUUCCUGCAUCGUGACAUCAAACCUUCCAAUUUUGCCAUGGGCCGGUUACCUUCAACGUACAGGAAAUGCUACAUGUUAGACUUCGGCCUGGCCCGUCAGUAUACCAACACCACUGGUGAAGUCAGGCCACCUCGCAACGUUGCUGGUUUUCGGGGAACAGUACGAUAUGCAUCAAUCAAUGCUCAUAGAAACAGAGAGAUGGGUCGACAUGACGAUCUGUGGUCCCUGUUUUACAUGUUGGUGGAGUUUGCAGUUGGUCAGCUUCCUUGGAGAAAGAUCAAAGAUAAGGAGCAAGUUGGCAUGAUAAAAGAAAAGUAUGAACAUCGAAUGCUGUUAAAACACAUGCCUUCAGAGUUCCACCUUUUUCUGGAUCAUAUUGCAAGCCUAGACUACUUCACCAAGCCAGACUAUCAGCUAAUCAUGUCCGUGUUUGAGAACAGUAUGAAAGAAAGAGGCAUCACUGAAAAUGAAGCUUUUGACUGGGAGAAGGCUGGUACGGAUAUCUUGUUGUCCACUAGCACUUCUACUCCGCCACAGCAAAACACCAGGCAAACAGCAGCCAUGUUUGGGGUGGUUAAUGUCACUCCAGUACCAGGAGAUUUGCUUCGUGAGAACACUGAGGAUGUCCUACAGGGUGAACAUCUGAGUGAUCAAGAGAAUGCUCCUCCCAUCCUGUCAGGCCGGCCAGCUGAAGGUCUUGGCCAGACACCAAACACCGCUUUCAAUGAGGCUGAAGUUUGGGAAGAGACAGAUGUGAAUCGCAACAAACUCAGGAUCAGCAUCAGCAAAACUCAGUGCAUGGUGGAAGAAGAUCAGAGAAAUGGGGUAUGCCCCAGCUCCCCUGUCCGAGUGCCUCCAGAGUCCCCUACCGCACAAGCGCGCUCCCUAAGAUAUCGCCGUGUGAACAGCCCGGAGUCAGAACGCCUCUCUACAGCUGAUGGCAAAGCAGAUCUACAUGAAAGAAGAUCACGAAUGGAUUUGCCUGGCUCUCCAUCACGGCUUGUGUGCUCCUCCCAGCCGGCCCAGAUGCUGUCCAUUGACACUGGCCAGGCUGACCGGCAGGCAAGUGGUCGGAUGGAUGUGUCUGCUUCAGUGGAACAUGAAGCCCUCAGCAAUGCUUUCCGCUCAGUGCCACUUGCAGAGGAGGAGGACUUUGAUAGCAAGGAGUGGGUUAUCAUUGAUAAGGAGACGGAGCUGAAGGACUUUCAUCCAGGUGCUGAGCCAAGCACCUCUGGCACCACAGAUGAGGAGCCUGAGGAGCUAAGACCUAUCGAAGAUGGUGAGGAGAGAAGGCGCUUGGGGGCAGACGCUGCAGUCAGGCCGAAGACUCAUGAUGGGCGAAGUCGGGGUAUGCAGCCUGUGACUGAGGAGGACAGUUCCCACAGACAUGAAGGACCUUCCCAAACAGUAUCUGACAGUAAACAUGAACAGCAGACAGGAAGUCCAGCCCACUCUCCCCUACACUCAGCACCAGCUAUCCGACAAAGGAGACGAGAAUCUGAACCUACUGGUCCUCAGAGACAGGCAUAUACACUGAAGUCAUUUGAAAUGAAUGGUCUGCCCAAGGCGGUGCCUUUAAGUUUGCCUUAUCAAGACUUCAGAAAGGACGUAUUGGACUACUGGGAAAAGGCUAAGAUGUCCCAGCGGAUAAAGAGAGUUGAUUUCUCAAAUGUUGUCUUGACUGCUCCUUGCAAGCCCCUGGAACCUUACCUGGAAAUGAAUGGAAAAGAGGAGGAGGAAGAAGACGAGGAAGAAGAUGAAGAUGAGGAAGAUGAUGAAGAGGAUGUGGAGGAGGAAGGGGCUGAAAUUGACAUGCACAGUGGUUCCAGCAGUGACCUGAGUCAAAAGAGCACAGAGCGCAGCCAGGAGUGCGCACCAUCCACCCUCCUGGCUGAUGACCAGAAGGGAUCCAAGGGUCGAGCUUCCAUGGCUGACGGGGACUUGGAACUGGAGGAAGGCUCAAAAACACUGGUGCUGUUUUCACCAGGUGAUCUGAAAAAAUCUCCAGUGACCGCAGACUUGCCACCAGAAGUUGAUCUGGGGACUCUUGCCGCACUGACACCUCAGAGCGAACGGCCGCAGCCAAUGGGCAGCCAACUAGAUGUGUCUGAGCCAGGGACCCUGUCCUCAGUCCUUAAGUCUGAACCAAAGCCUCCCGUGGCAGUGGCUACAGCUUCCUCCCCGUUUACCAAAGUCGAGCGCACAUUUGUUCAUAUAGCGGAAAAGACCCACCUAAAUGUCAUGUCUUCCAGCGGCCAGCUGAUGAGGCAUGAGGAAUACUGCCCUCCGGGCCAGUUUGAAGAGGUCAUUAUUGAAGAGGAGCUGGAAGACAACCUGGUGUUGGUAGAGAAUGGAAGCAUCCAUUCGGGGCUAGAAGGGGCAGAGACGGAGAGCUGUGCACUUUCUGCUAAUCCCAUUGAAACCACCUCAGAAACAGUGGGGGAGCAGCUGUCAGUCCCCAAUGUAGCAAAGCCUCCUGAGGAUAAGGCAGAGUCCUCUGACAAUGUGGCACUCUCGCUGGAUUUGGAAGAGUCUGCCAAGGUGGUAACCAGAGAGCCUGACCUUGAGAAGCCAGCACUGGUAGCUGAACACCUGAAGCCAGCAGAGACCCUCCCUGAUGCCCCACAGCAGGGCCCCAGGAGACCUCUGGGCUCCAGGUAUAGAAGUCGGAUCCCCAUUUUAUUCUCUGAGGAGGACACUGGCUCUGAUCUUUCAACUUCACUCUCAGCCAAAGACAGGCUUUAUAAGAGGGCAAAGCAACCUGAUCUGGCUCGUUUAGUGAUGGAGAAGAGGCAAAACUGCCUCCUUAGGCUGGCCUCGGGGGCCUCCUCCUCAGCAUCCUCCAGCGAUGAGAGGCGGCGGGCCUCAGAAACCCUGUCAGCCACUGGUUCUGAGGAGGACACCCACGACUCUGAUGACUCCAUCCCGAAAAAGGCAGGGAAGAAAGCUGCCCUCCUGGGGAGAGAAGAGAAACUCAUAAGCACAAAGAGCAGAAUUCCUCGGCCCAUCACGCCUGUGAAAACACCGCUGGAGACAAUGAAGUCUGAGAGCUCCACAGCCGCUGUGAUGGCAGUGCUACCGAGCUCCCCGCAGGAUGCAGCUGUUGCCUACAGGCUCCAGGCACAGAGACCAGCUGGAAGUGUCCCAGACAACUGCAGAACAACUCAGAUACAAAGCCGGCUUCCUCCUUCACCAAGUUCCACAUCUCUUCCUCCGCGGAGCAGCACGCAGAGAUCCAGCUGCGCAUCCCCUCGGAGCCCUGUCCUUCCUUCCAAAGCCCCCAGUGCUUCCCCAAGAAGCCAGUUGCUGCCUCGGAGGGAAAGCCCUUCUCCCUGCAGACAGCAUAAGCCAGGGACUGCUCUCCAGCGAGUUCCACCUUCCCCCCGACCUCAGUCGCAGGCUCAGGCCCCUGGGCCAACAGGAGACUCCCUGCCCUCUCCUGGCAUGGCCAAAAAAAGGCAAAGAGGAAAAACCCAGACUCAGAGUCCAGCAACCAAAGGAAAGCAGGUGUCCCUGGAAAGUAAGGCAACUGCCAGAUAAUGAUCUUCUGCCAGCCCAACAGACUGGGUAACUUCUGCAUAUAGUAUACACUUGAGAUGCUGCAGCACAGCCUUCCAUGCCGGAACCACGAGUGUAUAGCGGUAGCUGUACUUCAAUGCUUCACUCACUCUCACCCCACACGGUUGCGAUCAGCUCCCACAGGCCUGAAAGCCUCUGAGCCACGGAGCCUUCUUCAAGGGAAACAUCCAGUCCGCAGCUCACGCUUGCUAAUGCACGGCACCAAGCAGUGCCCCUGGCAGCCUGCCUAGUGCCUGACCCCCCACUCCCCAGGCAUUCCCCUCUCUCUGUUGGCAAUACCCGUUGCCAAUACUGACCCUGGAAAGAGGAGUGGAAGUGAUGACAGCCUGCUGGAGAGGAAGGCUCCUGUCCUGCAGGCAGCCCUUGCUCUCUCUUUGCUGGGAAAACACGGCUGCCAACAGCCGAGUGUUGGCUCCCCUCCUGCAACUUGUGUUAGUGAGGGCUUGUCACCAGCCCAGCUCAGAGUGACAGGUGUGGUGUUUGUUGUGUGCUGAGAGAGGGGCAGGAGAGGCUGGAGGGGCUUUGCCCUCCUUUUUCCACAAGGGCCUCUGCAGGCAGAAGUGGGGCACGGGCAGCUCUUGUCGGGAUGCUCCUGCCUGCUCUAGGCUGUCCUGCAGAGCUGUUUCAGCAGCUGCCUGUGGGGCAGGUAUUGAGGUGGAAGUAGGGAUGUAUGGGCAGCUUGCUGGGAAAUCCGGAGCGCUAAUAUGGGAUCUGGAAGGGAGCACUCUGCAGCCACUUCUAUCAGAUACCGAACUGUGACCUGUGGAGACCACAGCUUCUGACAUGGGUGGUUCCUCCCAGCCUGAGUGUGGUUGGUGCCAUGGUCCUGUUGGCCACUCAAACACAGCUCCAUGAUGUGAAUAGUCACUGGAUGCCUUCAGCUCGUGUGCCCCCUGCACCUAAAUUCCUCAUGUUUUACUGUCUUGAAUUACUUGAAUACUGCUUGUGAAUUUUGGCAUUGUAGUUGAAGGUUCCCCUACACAGCAGGGUGGGAAAUAAUGAUCCUGUAGUAUAAAGCUGCUGCUUUGCAAGGAGUUUUGCUGGUACGUCGUGGGCAUCCUGUGCAUUUCUCAUCAGGAGAUCAGGUUUAUGUCUUUCGCGGUGCUCAGCUCUUCCACACAUUGCCUAACGACCAACAGUGUGAACACAAAAGCAAGGGCUGUGCUCUUAAAUAAUAUGACCAGAACGUAAGCUUAGCUCUCAAUUAGAACCGCACUCCAACUUUUAGCUCCCCAACUAAUUAGGAUGGAUUGAAAAUUCAAGCCAGGAGGACUGAAAACUGCCCGAGCCUGAUAAGAUCUUGAAAUGGUCACAAAUUCUUACCUGCAUUGGGAAACAAUAUAGACCCAAAUACUUGGGGCUUCAUGCCAUUGUCACACCUAAAAGAAGUUCUGUAUAAGGCAGAACAAAAUGAUGGCUGCUCUGCCCACCUAUUCCUGCAGCUGUAACUAGCAGCUUCGGAAUAGAUCUGCAGACAAGAAAAGCUUGAUGGAAGAAUCCAUAUGGUAAUAACUAUGAUUCAUUUGAAUGCAUUUACAGGAACACGCAUGGAUCAGGAGAGCUGUGAUGGAGUAGCAGGGAGAACAGGACACUCCUGGGCCAUCAGAACAGGGAAAUGCCUAGAAACAAGCAAUGGGAAUUCCCUCUCUACACAGUGUUGACAAUGCUAGGAAUUUAUCAUGUGGUUCAAAAUGUUUGCUGUUUUCCUUAGAAGUCAUUCACCCUUGUAGAGUAAGAAGCAGAGCUUCUCCUCCAAGAACACAUCCCAGCUCUAAUCUCUGCAGAGGGGCACUGGGAAUUCCACAAGUGCUACAGGGCUAUUUACAUGGUUAGCAAACCUGCUUUGUCAUGGGAGGCCAGUGAAGAACCAUUAAUUGUAUUUGUUCAAGAGAAAUUUAAAUUAGAAUUGUCCAUGGCCCAGCUGUACCACGUCAAGAAGGAAAGAAGAAUGCCAGUGAAUGAUUUCCAGCAUGGAAAUUCUUGUUUGAUAGGGCUGGGCUGAUGCUGCAGCUGGAUCUGCAGUACUGCCAUGCACUGUCUAUCCUGAGUCAUCAGGUCCAGUGGCACUGAGAGCUGUCUGGCUGCAGCAGGGCUGAGAGCCAGAGCAGGAGCUGCUGGCUGCUGCCACUCACAGGCUCCCAAUAUUGUUCCUGCAGGGCCUGGCCAUCCCCAUGUGUCCCACAGGUUUGGAGCUCCAGACCUGUCCCCUUCCCCAGUGGCAAAUGAUGCUGUGAUGUUCCAGGUGAAGUGCUUCACAUUGCCUCUUACAGUCCUUCACUGAGAGUAUUUUUGAACAGGAUCUUCAGUGCUGGGCUCGUUCAGUCAAGUGAUUAAAAUCAUUUGCUCAUUUGCUAAAAUUGGCAGUGCAAAGAGUCAGGCUUCAUGCAAGCACCGCUCAGCAACCAUUAAAUGUCAGUGUGUUAUCAACACUAUUCUCACACCACCACGCCAGCCACUACAAAGGAAGCUGACUCCAUCCCAGCCCAAACCACGGCACUUGCUUCCUGUCCCAGGUGUCAGCAGGGACACUCAGGGAAGCCUCUGCCAUGCAGGAGCUGCUCUGGGUCUGUUCACUCUGAUUUUCAAAGCUCUGCCAGUGGAUUGUAUGAACAAAAAGAGCGCUGGGGACAGUCAAGAGGAUGGGAGGGCACGGACACGUGGCUGGAGACACUGAGCUGGCUUUGGUUGGCAGCAUGGACACUGGCUUGUCUUAAUGCAAAAGGUUUCGGUCACAGACAUUUCUGGGUCGUGCUUGGGAUUUGUGAGAGGCAGGACACUUGGCUUGUCCUUUAUAAGUAGAGUAUUACUAUAUAUAUAUAAAUAUAUUAAAAAUAAUAAGAAUAUAAUAUAAGUAGUGCCCAUUAUAUAUUGUGGCUAAAGGCUGAGAAGGAUCCUGCUGCCUUCAGAGAGGCGUUGUGGUGCUGUGUGCCCCUGCUUUGUGCAGGGUUGUCCCUGUGCCCUGGCUGCAUGUGGAGGAGCAGGGUACCACCACUGAAGCCCAUGGGAGCUGUGAGGCUCUGCUUGCCAGGGUCAGCACACAGUGGUGUGGACGCCAUCUGAGCUGUCAUAACUAUCCUUGUGUGGUUUGAAUCUGGGUCUGCAGACUGAGCGGUGGCCCUUCACUAACACAAGUGUGCUUUUGUUGGGGCAGCAAUGUCUUUGGUGUUCCUCCUUUCCAACACAGGGCUAUUUUCUCAGUGUAGAUCUCCAUAAAAAGAUGGCUCCACAUCUGCUUACAGCCUGAGCAGCUCCAGCAGUAGCUCUAUGGCCCCUUAGCACACUUCUUUCUUUCCUGUACAGUUUAUUGCCCCGUGGCAUGAUCCCACCACUAUCCCACAUGCACAGACACGGAUGUCCACGCGAGGCCUUGCUCCACGCAUCUACAAUAUGCAGUCAAAUGAAUCUUGAGAACACAAUAAAAGUCCCUUUGUGGAUCUGAUGAGUUUGGUUUCCAAUGAGCUUAAUGGCUUCACUACAAUGUGCCCAUGCUUGACCUGCUGGAUUCACAAAGCAUGUGGAGAACACCUGGGCAUGUGCAAUGACCUGUGAUCACAUCUGUUUCCCAGCAGCUGUGCACAAGGGGAGAGCUUGGGCUCCCGCUCAUUUCCUUCCCUCCUCUUCUGUGUGCUGUGCCACCGACAGCAGGGUGGGUGCACUCGGGCUCCCUGUUUGCUGGCUCCGGGGUCCCCUGCAGAACCCCGGAUGGCUUUUUGCUUUCCCUCAGCGUCUUGCUGAUCACUGAAGGGCUGGGACUGUGCUAGUAGGAGAGCAGAGCUAGCUGACUCUCAGAUAAGUUGGCAGCAUCUCUGUGAGCUUUGGGUCUUGCCUAUUUGUGAGGCCAGAGAAUAGCCCUGGUUUCAGGCUGCAGUGAUCCAUAGUCCCAGGCACAGCCAGGACACUGCAAAACAGCAGCGAUUUUCACACCACAGCUUUCCCAUCCCCUCAUUUGUAACUCCCCCCUCUAGCAAACCUGGACUGCAGUCACUUGUUGUUCCCUGCAGACCAGUCCCUCCCUGUCUGGGACUUUGUAGCCCUCCUGGAUGUCUGCAAAACUUGAGGAACACCUGGCUGCCCACUUGCACCAUGCAGGCUGCUGCUCUGGGACGUGAGGAGCAUUGCCCCUUCUAUUUCUGGAGCUGCAGAGCAGGUUUAAGGAAUUCAUUGAUGCCCUCUGUGCUAAAAGGAGGAAGGGAGCUACCACAGCAGAUCCACAGGUGGGUUCCUGAUAGGUGUGAGCACAUCCUCCCCUUAGCUCCUGAACCAGAGCGAGCUGCAGGGCUGAGAUCCCAGCUUGCCUCACCUCUGCCCCAGCUGCAAGGAGGAGGCAGGGGCUGGUGGCACUCGGGGACAUGGCUGCCAAGGCAGAGGCUCCCAGAACAGCAUGGUGGUGUGAAGAGCUCUGCAGGACAUGGGGUUAGGCAAGGAGUCCGCAUUUUAAACCAGCCCAUGCGUGAGAACCGGUGUCAGGGACAGUGCUGUCCUGUGCAACAACCUGGGCUGCUGCUUCUCCGGACAGGAAUUGGAGCUGAAAACGCAGAUAAUUUUGUAAAUCUCCUUUUAACACAUUCGCAUGGGACUCUACACUCAGACAUCACAGCUGGCGCACCGACGUUGUUUUCCUUCACCUCCAACACAGUCCAACAAAGUCUUUUGGCCCGGAGACAAGACUUUUGCUCCUCGGUACUGUCUGAGAACGCGACUGGGUCCCAAGGCUGAAUCUCUCUUCAUAUCUCCUUUGCAUUCUUUAGGAAAGCAGCUCGAGAAUGUUUACACACUGCAAACAGAAUGUACAACUCCGACCAGGAACCACAAUCCGGUUCAACUGCAUGGCAAAUUUCUUGGCCAUCGAAUCUGGCAUGCAUCACAGAGGCCCCGUCUGUGUACAGAUCCACCUGGCAUUGCUCAUACCUUCAGAUCACGUCUUAAUAAGGAUAUACGAUGAUGCCAUUUCUUGUUCAUACCAGACACAGUUGUCAUUAGAUUUGUUAUUACCAGGGGGAUUCUUGAUCAUGCCAUUAAAAGCCUGUCUACCUUUUCA